AUGAGUUAUAACCCGAGCGACGUGUCUGCACCAUCGUCCGGGACGUUAGAGCUCACGCCGGCAGCUGUUUCAACGGUCAACGCUGGCGAUGCAGAAACUACAACAGUGUCUGUCGCUGCCUCUACUGCCAACACGGACUCCACGAACCCCACAACUACUACAGAGAGAGGAACUACGGUCACAGCAACCAGCACCGACGCUACCGCCACCGAAACCACCACCGUCACUGCCAUCGAUACGACAGCCACUUCGACCACCACCACUACCGCCGCCGCGCUCUCCAUCUCUAUCCCUGCCGAGCCCUCCUCCACCUCUGCUCCGUCGCCGGCGGCGGUCGUGUCCCCCCUGACGUCCGCGCGCGACCUGACCUCGCCGGAGCUGGAUGAGGACAGCGUGGACGAGGAGAUGGUACAGGCGGAGCGGGCGCUCGAGUCGGCCAUCGUGGCAGAGAGGCAUCUGGAGCAGCAGCUGGCCGAGACGGAGAGCUGUGUCAUCGAGGUAGACACGGAGACGGACGGCGACUCGACCUCGAUCGACACAGAGUGUGAGGGCGACGGCGGCCCGACCGAGCCGCCCAGCCGCAGUCUCAUCGAGGACCAGUACGCGCCAGAACUCGACAGCCUCUCCUGGGGUGACCGUAUGGAUCUGCUGUGA